AUGAUUGCAGCAGUGACAGCAGUGCAUGGCCGCUUGAACGAGAGCGAAACACCAUCAGCUGAGUACUUGGCUCUGAAUGCCGAGGAGUGCGAAAUCAACGAGCCUUCCGCGUCACCUCUUGAUUGCAUCAGUGCCAAGCGCGAUAACUUAGAGAGCCAGCUGCAAAGCACUGUCGAUGCCCAGGGGCAUAUCCGCAUCACCAAGGUCAAGCAUAAACUUGAGGUCCCAGUCAACAGCGAACAUUACAGGCGCAUCAUGAAAGUAGAGAUGUAUGCAUGGCUGGCCAUGGCUGCAAGGUUCAAGGCGAAGGCGUGGCUCCAGGGUCUGACUGUGACUCCUUUCUUGAAAUUCACUGAUUACAUCUCAGGUGAGAAGGUUUCGCAGCUUAAGAUUCCGACAGCCCAGGGCAGCGACCAAAGUGCAGGUUUUCGUCCACCCUGGACGACUGUCUUGGCGUACGAGUUUCGUCUGAGGAAGGAAGCCUUCAGGUUGGUGAAUGAGGAAGGAGAAACCUUGGCCGAAGCCCUGACCAAGGUUUGCAAGGAUACCGAGCUGAAGGAGGUGUAUUUCACCACGCCGUUGGCUUUGGCCAGUGCUGAGGGGAGUGUUCGCAAGUACUUUAAGGGUGCAGGGAAGGAUCACAAGGGAGGCAAGAGUGACCAGGCCACUUCAUCAAAAGGGGACGGGAAGCUCAAUAAGGGCAAGACUUCCGAGAGCCAAGGGUAUGGUGGCAAAACCCCUGGGGUCUUCGCAGGCUUCACUUUGCUCAGCCAAAGCCCGGACGGACGCCAGAUUUGCUAUGCCUUUAACUCUGCAAAGGGGUGCAAGGGCAAGUGUGGCAGGGUACACAUAUGCCGCGUGAAAGGGUGCGGGAAGCAGCAUGGGGUGCAUCAGCACCCGGGUGUCAACAAGGAUUCCACUGGUGGCACUGAUCAGAAGACGAAUGAGGAAGCCCUUGCCAAACUCGUGCCUGGAUUGCAGCUCGUGGAAGUUGACAUAAGCUGUGGCCGGGGCUCAGAAGGGGAUAAAGACAUUCAGUCGGGCUCGGCACACCCGUCCGGGCCCUCCACCGCUUCGGCCGUCGAAAUUGCGAUUGCAUGUUACGAUCAUGGUAGCUACUUCGCUUUAGACCACCCGGAACAACUUGGCAGGGCAUCUGACGAUGCCGUCCCGGCCACGCCCUGGGACUGGCAGGAGAGUGGAGCGACUCCGCGCCCCAUUGUGCGGGACUGCCUUCACUGGACAGCCACGCUCGUUACAAAGGCCCGUUCACAACCCAAGUUUCCUGCAGAACUUUGCGAUUUCAUAGCCUCGGCCAUCGCAGCAGUCGCCCCUGCGGGGAAGGGCGGAAGCCACACUCCUGCUUGCAUGGAUAAGAACCCGGUGGUAGGCCCUCCUGUGCUUCCCCCGCCUGGUUCAUCUCUUAGCUCCACCGGGUCUAGAUUAGAGUUGACGCCUCAGGCACAACCCAGCACUUGUACCACAGGCGAUGCCGCGAACUUGUGCGAUCCAGAUGCCAGCACUUGCACCACAGCCGACACCGCGAACUUGUGCAAUACAGAUGCCUUUGCAGAAAAUGUUUGCAUGGAUAAGAACCCGGUGGUAAGUCCUCCCGUUGAAAACCCACCUGGUUCUUCCCUUAGCUCCACCGGGUCUAGCUUAAAGCGGGCACCUCAGGCACCCCCCAACACUUGCGCCACAGACGAGGCCGCGACCUUUUGCAAUCCAGAUGCCGAAAACAUCCUUAGGUGGAUCGUGCCAUACCUUUCCGACCAGAGCUUUGUGGAAACAACGGAGUGGACACCGAGCGCGCGUGGAGCACGGCUCGGCGAAACGGCGCGGCGCUUCGCAUCAGCCAUGCACACCUUGGUGAAAUCAUUUGUACUUCGGGUCAUCCCUGACGCUGAAAGAUCAGCGAUGGAGCUUGUCUUGGGACGAUACACUUCGUCCCCCUUCUCAGAGAAGGACAUGUCACAGCUUCGCCAGCAAUGGGUUAGCCUUUUGGGUGAUAGUCAGGGUUUUGACUUGCUUGAGGUUCCGGAGAGACAGCCUUUCUUCUUGCCAGCCUUGGCACGCACCGCCGAGCUGCUUGAGGAUCCGGACUGGGAGAUCGUCACGCAAGGCAACGACAACUUUUGCACGGGCGUUCCCUUAGGUUGCGAAGAGGUAAACAACACCAUCAAAAUAGAAAGCCAGCAGGCCGUUCCGGGACCGGCUGACCUUUCGUACAUUGUCGAAGAGCCCAUCAGGCGAGGAGAAGUUCCUUUCUGUGUUUCAGCAGACGUCACAGCCGCUCACCGCUUGAGCAAGGUGCGAAAGCAGGACUGGCCUUAUCUGGCUUGUCGCGUCGAUGACACAUCACCCACCAUAUGGGUGAACACCGUUGGGACCUUCGGGGUCUCUUCGGCCUCGUUUUCGUGGUCCAGACUUUUCGGGAUAAUAGGCCGGGUUGUCACGAGAUGUCUAAUGCAAGUUCUGUUCUUUCACCUGGUCUUCGUGGAUGAUCUUCACGCGAACUUCUCAGGCCGAAAUCGCUACCUGUACACCUUGAUGUGGCUCGCCUUGUUUGAGAUGAUCGGCACUCCAUUCUCUUACAAGAAGUUCAAGGGAGGAUUUCGGGUUCAGUUCAUUGGCUAUGAGCUGGACUACAAGUCUAGGACGAUGGGCGUUUCGGCAUCGAGGGGGCGAUAUGUGAUUGAGUGGAUUCAGAACGCACGCCGCCAGCGGUUUGUGGUCUUGACGCGUGAUUUUGCGGAAUUCUUAGGACGCCUGGGAUUUAUCGCUAGGCGCGUGCAGCUGCAGAGCGAGCCUUCCUUCCACGCA